AUGCCACCGUCUACCGUCUUCUCGUACUGGCGCCGAGACCAUCGGCGUUGGUCCGCAUCGCCUGCUUCAAUCCCCGCGCCCUCACCUGUCAAAGGGGCGAAUGAAAGCCCGAUUAGCAGCCCUCCCCAGCUCCCAGAGAUUCCGGAUACACCCACACUCACCACUACCUUCGACGGACGCCCCUCGCCCGAUGGCCCCUCGAACGAGUCGCCGCUCGAGAUCGAUACUUCCAAGCUCAACAUUAGCUCAUCGGUCGCGCCGUUAUCCUCUUCGCUCACUCUUGGUGUCCCAUCGCCGGCAUUUGAAAAAGAAAGUCGCCCUUAUUCUAGCCCCGACUGCGGGGGAGAACAAUUUACAUCCCAGUCGAAUAAUUCUCAGCUGUCUGUGACGGGUUUACGGUCUGACCAAGCGGACACAGAGUCGGGCUUCAAACCAAGCUCACCAUUUCGACGUUCAUUUGGCAAACAGAGAAGAUCACCAACUGCGGUAACUGGGUCAGGCCAUUUCCGGUUCAGAAGCUCACCGGAUGAUUCGCCGGCGGAUAAACAAACAAUGCCGCAAAAGGAUUUCAAAAUGGAUGCCAGCACAACUAUCCGGCGCACCGGAGAUCGUGAUGUGUCUGUAGAACAAACACAUCACAAGUCGGGAAAGGCGAUGCUGCAUCUCUUGAACCCGAUGUCCCUCCUUGCGCGCAGGCGCUCCUCGCAGAUGGUUAGCUCCCGGGCAGAAGAUGUCAAAAUCAAGAACCGGAAUGUUCCUGCUAUGCCAGAUGACUAUGAUCCCAGAAUUCGUGGAAACAUUGUCCAUGACUUCUCGGCACCCCGUCCUCGUCGCAAUCUUUCGGCUACCAAGCAGGGUACACUCGUGAAUGGGCAGGAUACUUCACCACCACAAAUACCCAGUCAACCUCGAGGUACCCAUUGGAAUGACCAGGCAAAACGGCACAGUGACCAUUCGCCUGUUUUCAAGGAACAUUUUGAGGAACAGAAUGUUCUACAGGUGGAAAACAAGGGCUAUCUUCAGUCUUCGCUUUUAACAGGUCCACCACAGCCUGCACAUGACAGCUCAUUACCGGUAUUUGCACGGAACUUGCCUUCCCAAAUACCAGAAGGAGCCGACCUAUCUGAACAGAGUGAACCUAAGGCAGAGGAGCCUUCCCCAAGCCCACCUAAAGCUAUCUCCCAUGCCCAUCCUCAGCACCCUCAAGAUCAAGACACUAUUCCAAAUGUGCCCUUCAAUCCCUCGGCCUUGCCUAGACAUCUCAAGAGCAAUGCCUCUCGAUUCAGCUUCGACAUGAGCGGAGUAGAAUCAUCUUCACAAGAGAAAAUGCUGGAAGAGAAGCAUAAAGCCAAGGAAGCUUCUCGCAGAAUGGAGGAUGGGUAUUUCGAUGACUUUGAUGAGGACUUCGAUGAUGACAUGAUGGACGACCUAGAUGGUCUGGAAGAAAAGAUUCCGGGCGUUAAUGCAGACGCCGAUGAUGACGAUUUAGAUGAUUUCUCUGUUUCGCAAAACAUCAGCGAGCCCAAGUCCUGGGCUAUCCCGGGAUUGUCACCCGUUGUUGGUAGCCCGAUCACUGCUGCACCACUAGCCUCCACAGACUCCUCACACUUCACCUCUCAUCUCUCCGAGACCACACAAUUAGAAAAUGGCCCAGGCCAACAAAUACCAAGGGAACAACCCCCCCUAGGCUCCAGGACUGAUGCAACGUCAACCCUUCUCCAGGCCCCGGUUACCAAUCAAACACCCCAAAUCCUUGACGACGAUGAUGAUCUUUAUUUUGAUGACGGCGACUUCGGAGAUCUUGCUGUUGACAACAACGAGGGUGGAUUUGAUGAAUCUAUAUUUGAUGAUGUUAACAGUCAUUUAUACGAACGAAAACCAGUCGGUGCCCCUGCAGCACCUUUACCAACGGACAGUGCAGCCCCUGGCGGGGAUGACUCUUCGACAGGAAAAGAAAGCCCUGUGGCAGAAAAGGGAGUCCAAGGACUGCAACACAUGCCUAGUGUGGCCAGUGACUAUCGCGUUACAGGAUCGGUCAAGCGUGGUCCCCUCGGCGAGACAAUACCAAAUGUGGGCCCUGCCCGUGCCCAUGGUGGUGUGCUCACAGAGCAAAAUCUAGAUAUCUUGCACAAUGCUCUAGCUUUCGCGGCCAAUGAAGCAUCAUACAACGGGCGCUUUGAGCGCAAGUUCAGCACGAGCGAAGCAUCACAGGGGCACGACAGCGUAGCACAAACAUCGCAAACGAUAGACUCACAACCGGGUCUGGUUUCUGAUGAUGGCCGGGUCAGCCAAGCUGCGGAUGCCAUGGCCUUCGAGGACGUCUUCGAUGAUCAGGUCUACCAUGAUCACUUCUACGAUGACCACUUCUAUGAUGAUAACGAUGAUUCGUACUUGGACGACGCAAUCGUUGCUGCUGCUAAUGCUGAAGCUCUUGAGAAUGAUGACGAUGGCUUCUACGGCCAAGAGUUCGGCUUCUACGCACAAGCAGAUGGCAACGGCGCUUCUGAGCUAAUCAACGGUGGAUACUUUGGUCCGAGACGGGUCGAAGGUAUCACGCGGAACCACAGCAGCCGCGGCAAAUUCCAGGAACCAAGCUUGACCCCUAUCACUGAGCGAAGUGAAUGGAGCACACGCAAUUCUAUGAUCUCGGUCAAGGCCCACGGCGGUACCCAUCCAAAUUCAGCUCUAGCGAGCCCUGGGCUGGCACAGCUGGUUGACAUGGGCAAUCUCGACGAUGACAUGUCACUGAGCGCGCUCAUGAAACUACGCCGGGGAGCCUGGGGUGGGAGCAACGGUAGCCUGCGCAGCAGUGCAGGCAGUCCACCACCACAUACGAUCUCACCCUCUCACCGUACAAGCCUGAAUGGCGCCGAAGCAAGCCCAACAGUCUCUGAAGCGAGACCGUUUAGUCCUGAUGAGGGGCUCUCGAACAGUGUCGGUUAUUUCCAUGAUGAUAACCACCCACGUACUACUUCAGCAUUGUCGGGCCGGCCAGACUAUGAAGAAAUCCCAACCUCCGCACCUCAGCGACUCAAUGUCUUGUAA